CUAACGCCGAAAACUCUGUGUUUUUUUCAAUUAAACUUUUGUUCUGUGGCACAGUUGAGCAAGCAAAAUGAUCGCGCCUGUGCGACCGGAGUUGUUGGAGCUGAGGAACCACUUCAAGAAGAACAAAAAGAUCAGAGAUUACCAGGCGCAUUCGUCGAAAGUGCACUCGGUCGGCUGGAGUUGCGACGGAAAAAGAUUGGCAUCAGGCUCCUUUGACAAAAGCGUCACUAUUUUCACCCUCGACAGAGAUAGACUGAGCAAAGAGCACACUUUCACCGGGCACGAUGGAAGUGUCGACCAAAUCUGCUGGCACUCCACCAAUGCCAAUUUGCUGAGCACCGCCAGUGGUGAUAAAACUGUCCGAAUCUGGGAUUCUCGAGCAAAGAAAUGCGUGUCAAAAAUCAAUACAAAAGGAGAAAACAUCAACAUUACUUGGUCUCCUGAUGGUAGUACAAUUGCUGUGGGCAACAAGGAAGACCUGGUCACAUUCAUCGACACACGGACAGAUAAAAUCAGAGAAGAGAAGCAGUUCAAAUUUGAAGUGAAUGAGAUCUCGUGGAACAAAGACGGAGACCUUUUCUUCCUAACAAACGGCCAGGGAUGCAUUAAUAUUUUGAGCUAUCCCAAUCUUGAGCUUCAUCACAUUCUUCAGUGCCACCCAGGAACAUGCAUUUGCAUUGAAUUCGAUCCCACUGGUAAAUAUUUUGCAACAGGAUCGGCAGAUGCUUUGGUAUCUCUUUGGGACGUCAAUGAUCUUGUUUGCUUGAGGACAUUCCAAAGAUUGGACUGGCCUGUGAGAACGCUGAGCUUCAGCCACGACGGCAAACUUUUGGCUUCAGCAUCGGAAGACUUGAUCAUUGAUAUCGGCGAUGUCGAAUCUGGAGAGAAGGUCACAGAAAUAACGGUGGAAGCAGCCACCUUCACGGUUGCAUGGCAUCCGAAGCAGUACCUCUUGGCGUUUGCGUGUGACGACAAGCAGGAAAGGUACGAGAGAAAAGGCGGCUCAGGUACUGUCCGACUGUUUGGAUGCUACGGUACCAAUGAAUGAAUCAUGUAUUUUUUAUUGAAUUAAAUAGUUAAGGCAACAUAGGAUUAA